AUGUCAUACGUGACCCACGAACGACGUUCGGAAAAUCCGCUUUGGAUUCGAAGCAAUCAAAAAUUCCUCCGCCCCGAUAGUCACUUUAAAAUCCGAUUUGGUUUGAAGCAGAGAAAUCUUGAAAAACUUUCAUCAGAACUUCACCGGGUCGCGUCACCUGAUUCGACUGAAUACGCCGAGCAUUGGACCAAUGAGCAAAUCAUGACCUUUUUCCAACCUGCUCCAGAGAGCCAAAUCAAAGUGCAAGAGUGGUUGAAGGAUGUACUAGAGGAAGGCGCGGAUAUUCAAUUAAGUGCAGGUGGUGCUUGGAUUGACGUGGACCUGACGGUCUCACAAGCCAAUCAACUUCUCAAAACCGAAUAUGGAAUUUACGACCAUCCAGACGGAAAUGUUCAUAUAGCCUGUGAAGAGUACAGUGUUCCUGAAUAUAUAUCAGAUCACCUCGACUUGGUGAUUCCUUCAGUCCACUUUGACAUGCGUAGCAACAAGGGUAAAAUCGAACAAGCAAGCAAUCAAAAGAGAAAUAAUAAACGCAGAAGCACAAUCUUCAAGCGAGAGAUACAUUCCAUAGAUGUGGCACAAGGAAGUCCUCUGAUUCGAAAACCAGUUCCAAAACCGCAAAUAAUCAACUCAGAGUCCUCCGACCCCUUUUCCACCUGUGAUCAAACUACAACGUUGGACUGUCUGAAUUUUCCUGGGCUGAUCUUAAAACAUGAGCAAUUGAUACUAACUACGAAUAAUUUAGUCGAAUACAGCCCUAGAGCUGUGAUAUUUGACGAUCUGGAUAUCUUUUUCAAGGGGAGUUUCCAAAUAGUGAUCAUACCCACUCUGUGUAAACUUGAUCAAACAGCGCAGAGUUACGAAAAUAACUUGGAGAGUAACUUGGAUCUCUCUUACGCAAUGUCCAUGUUGCUGAUUUAUGAGUUUAUCCAGGUCCAACUUUACCAAGUUGGAGAUGGUAUCGCAGGUUCCGGAUUUAACAACUUCUUGGAUGCAUUGGAUGCCACAUAUUGCCACGAAAAGCUCGACCCAUCACAGGAUGGCGUGUAUCCUGGAUAUAACAAACGUGACUGUGGUACCGUCAAAGCUACCCAUGUUAUAUCUUCUUCUUACAGUAUGAGUGAAGCAGAGGCAACGCCAAAUUAUCUCAGAAGACAAUGUGAGGAGUACGGUAAACUUGCGCUUAUGGGUGUCACUUUUCUGCAUUCAUCCGGGGACUACGGAGUAGCAGGAUUUCGGGGCAAUUGCCUGACUGAAGACAAUCGUGCAUCUCCCCAAGGAAAGAGGUUCAAUCCGACAUUUCCGGGUACAUGCCCGUUUGUAACAAUUAUAGGGGCUACUCAAAUCAAACCCGGUAACAGUGUUCGGGAUCCAGAAGAGUCUCUCUCAACUUAUUUUGUAUCCGGUGGUGGAUUUAGUAAUCUAUUCGAAAUUCCAGAAUAUCAAAAAAAGACCCUCAAAACUUACUGGGAUCUACAUAGACCUGAAUAUUCCUCUAGUCAGUUCAACAAUUCCAUGAAGACACGCGGUUACCCUGAUCUCAGCGCAAAUGGGGCCAAUUAUGCAGUUUCUAUUGAUGGACAACUUGAAUUGGUAUAUGGCACAUCGGCAGCAGUUCCUGUUGUUGCCUCGAUGAUCACACUCAUCAACGAUGCUCGGAUCAGCAUGGGCAAAAGUCCGGUAGGAUUCUUGAACCCAGCAUUGUACUCGGACGGAUUUCGCGAUGCUUUCAAUGAUAUCACAAGUGGCAGCAAUCCUGGGUGCACAACUCGCGGGUUUAGUGCAGUCAAGGGCUGGGAUCCUCUUACCGGCCUAGGAACCAUCAAUUUUCCCAAACUUCUCAAUCUCUUUUCCAACCUUCAGUAAAGCAUUUUCAUUGGAUUACAAGAAAAUAAGUGUAGGAAUACCAGGAACACUUUCCAUCUCGCAUCCUCUCACGCUCUGUGUACACGCUUAUCGUUAAGUAGAGUAUCCAUAUUACUUUGUAUAUCAGCAAGAAAUGCACGGUAUGGGGUAGUCAUCCUUG